CCGCUUCCGAGACUCCUACUGUCGAGUUCAGUAGCUAAUCCGCGUCCAAAGAGGGUUCCGGACUUAAACCCCAAACUACCUCCCAAAUCUCAGGUAUUUUUUUUUCGAAUUUCUCUGGAUUUUUUCAAAGCGCGAUACCUCCAUCAUUGCGUUUCGAUUGGGUUUUCUCGAGACGAACUCGGAGAUUCCCUUUGCACUCACCUACGCAACGCUUCGAUUGAAUGACCCACCAAAUGAAGCUUCCUCUCCUACAGCUCAAUUGAUGACACUUUUACAUUUCAAAGAUGGUCUGGUGUAAGCAUUGUGCAGAAGACCAUCCUACAAUACGUGAUUACGACAAUGGUUAUGUAUGUUGUAGCGGUUGUGGAAGGGUUAUUGAUCAGGAUGUCUUUGUUAAUGAUGUUAGCUUUGUUAAAACUGCUGGGGGGCAGAGUCAGUUGGCAGGUAGUUUUAUAAGAAGUGUUCAGAGUGAAUAUUCUGUAUCACAUGAGAGGACAUUGAUGAAGGGAAGAGAAGAAAUUAGCGAUAUGGUUGGCAGUCUAUGCGUGAGCGGUGGAGAUUCUAUAAUAAAUCAGGCUCAUGCUUUUUAUACGAUAGCGGUUGAGCGGAGUUUCACCAGGGGGCGUAGGACAGCACUUGUUGCAGCUUCGUGCCUUUACAUUGCUUGCCGGCAAAAUGAGAAGGCAUAUCUCCUCAUUGAUUUUUCGGAGUACUUGCAGAUAAAUGUUUAUGUGCUAGGUGCUGUAUUUCUGCAGCUUUGCAAGUUGCUAAGGCUUGAAGAACAUCCCAUAGUUCAAAAACCUGUUGAUCCUAGCCUUUUUAUACAUCGAUUCACAGAACGUUUAAUUGGAGAAAAGAACUUCAGAGUUUCUAAGACUGCGUUGCAAAUUAUAGCUAGCAUGAAGCGAGAUUGGAUGCAGACAGGGAGGAAACCUAGUGGGUUGUGUGGGGCAGCGCUCUACAUAUCUGCACUUUCUCACGGACUCAAAUAUUCCAAGUCAGAUAUUGUAAGUGUUGUGCACAUCUGCGAAGCGACAUUGACAAAACGUCUAAUUGAGUUUGAGAAUACAGAAUCAGGCAGUUUAACGAUUGAGGAAUUCAUUACGAAGUCAAGUGAGCUUGAAGGAGAGCUUCAAUCAAAACAGCAACCAAGUUGUGGGUCUAAAAUAUCUGGGAUCACGGAAGUGCUUUGUGAACACAAGGACCGUGGAGAGCCUCAUUUUGCUCAUGGACUCUGUAGAAAGUGCUACGAUGAUUUUGUAGAACUUUCUGGAGGGCUUCAAGGAGGAUCUGAACCUCCUGCAUUCCAACGUGCUGAAAGGCAGAGAAUGGCUGAAGCAUCAUCUAAAGAAAAGUCAACAGAGCAAUGUCUUGAUACCAUGCCUUCCCAAAGCAAAAUUCAUCAUAAACAAAAUGAGAAAGAAGUGGAGUCUUCCAAGCUUCAACAAGAUGUAAUCAAGAACAAACUAGACACCUCUUUGAAGUCUGAAGGGGCUGCAAAAAUAAAACAGGCAGUUAAUGGCGUUGCUUCUGACCAAUCACAAGCACAUCAGGACACUGGCAGCAUAGGAGUUGAUGAAUCAGAAAGCCUUUCUGAUAUUGAUGAUGUUGAGGUUGAUGGGUACCUUCACAAUGAGGAGGAGAAGCGUUAUAAAAAGAUUAUCUGGGAAGAAAUGAACAAAGAGUAUCUUGAGGAACAAGCAGCGAAGGAAGCUGCCGCUGUGGCGGCUAGGGAAGCUUAUGCUGCCAAUUUUGAGAACUGUUCCGGAGAUAUGCUCGCUGCACAGGAACUUGCCGCAGCAGCCGCAGCAGCUGUUGCAAAAUCGAGAAAGGAAAAGAAACAAAAGCGAGCUGAAGAAGCAAAGAACUCAAAACCCGCUCAAACUGCUGCUGAAGCAGCACGCAAUAUGCUAACAAAGAAGAGGCUUAGCUCAAAAAUCAACUUUGAUGUUUUAGACAAACUAUUUGAUGACUCGACCAAUGCAGAGAAUGCAAAGAAACAGCGUGUCGAGUCAGAUAUCAGCAAUAAAGCAGAUGGCCAAUACAAAAAGAAAGCAGGUGAAUCCGAGGCAAUUGAAAAUGAUGACUAUGGUCCGAAGUAUGGAUAUGGUGAAGAUUAUGAUGCUGGGGGAGGCUAUGGCAACGACUACUCAUAUUAUGGAAAUCAAGAUGAUGGAUAUGGUUAUGAUCAAGGUUACGGUUCUGAUUAUUGAAUCAGAAACUUCUUGAUUCCCAACUCAUUCAAAUGAGCUUUCUAGGCUCCGAAGGUAUCCUAUGGUGAGCAUCGGUUUCAACCCAUGCGGCGACUUGAGGAAUUUAUAUAUUUUUUCCUUUCCUUUUCUUUUCUUUCUUCAUCCUAUUGUUUUUUUGUUCUCCCCCUUUUGUUCAUUCUCUUUCAUUCUUUUGAUAGAUGGUGGGCACAGACAUGUUAAGACAUGCUGUUUUUAUGGUUGAGAUCCUUCGAACAAUGUCACAAUUGCAUGGCUUUAUUAGUUAUGCUUGUUAGGGAUGUAUUUCAUUCUUAUCAUUCAAACAAAAAAUCAGGUCAAUUCAACUCA